AUGGCCAACAACCUGCUCGACCCGAAUCUGCUGCUGAGCCCACGCCAGCGGUCAGCGAGCGAAUCAGACACGGUCGUCUCCGCCGAACCCUCGGUCUGCACCGGCGAGACCACCGCCGCGCCGAGUCUCGUCGUGCCCGACCCGAAACAAGCCCUCGAGCCAGACCCUGGCACCGAAGCCGACUUCGUAGUCGCCGAUAAUCCGUUCGACUACAGCCCCGGCCAGCUGAACAAGCUGCUGAAUCCGAAGUCGCUCGAUGCGUUUAGGGCGUUAGGUGGGCUUGAGGGGCUUACCCGCGGCCUGCACGUUGAUAUCAAUGCAGGUCUUAGCGUGGAUGAGGUAGGGCAGGCGUCUGCCGCCAGGAUUCGAGUAUAUGGGCAAAAUCAACUCCCACCGAAGAAGCCAAAGUCGAUCUGGAGGCUGAUGUGGAUUACCAUGCACGAGGCGGUCCUGGUCAUGUUGUUGGUGGCGGGUGUGAUAUCCCUUGCGCUUGGUCUGUACGAGACGUUCGGUGUGCAUAAGGAGGCUGGCAGUCCGACGUCUGUGGACUGGGUGGAGGGCGUUGCUAUUCUGGCAGCUGUCGUUAUUGUUGUCGUCGUCGCGUCGCAUAAUGACUGGCAAAAGGAAAAGGCGUUCGUCAAGCUGAAUACGAAAAAGGACGAUAGGGAGGUCAAGGUGUUCCGGUCUGGGAAGUCGAUGCUGAUCAACGUCAGCGAUGUCGUUGUAGGAGAUGUUGUCUACCUUGAGCCUGGUGACCUUGUACCUGUCGAUGGCAUCCUCAUUAAUGGCCAUAAUGUCAAGUGCGAUGAAUCAUCUGCCACCGGUGAGUCGGAUGCGUUGAGGAAGACCGCCGGGCCACACGUUUUUGACAUGGAGGCGAAGAGCACAAAGGAGCCUGAUCCUUUCAUCAUCUCCAGCUCGAGGGUUAUUGAAGGCAUGGGAACCUUCCUUUGCACGUCGGUCGGUGUUCACUGCAGCUUCGGCAAGAUCAUGAUGUCCAUCCGGACAGAUAUCGAGUCGACGCCUCUACAGAAGAAACUGGAAGGUUUAGCCGUGGCCAUUGCAAAGCUCGGUGGAGGUGCAUCAGCGCUCAUGUUCUUCAUCCUCCUGUUCCGCUUCUGCGCCAAUCUCCCUGAAGACCACAGACCUGCAGAGGAGAAGGCCUCUACAUUCGUCGACCUCCUAGUCGUCGCCAUUUCUCUUAUUGCCGUUGCAGUGCCAGAAGGACUCCCUCUAGCUGUAACCCUUGCACUCGCCUUCGCCACAACCCGCCUUCUCAAGGAGAACAACCUGGUCAGGGUUCUUAGGGCUUGUGAAACGAUGGGAAACGCCACAUGCAUCUGCUCGGACAAGACAGGAACCUUGGUGCGUACCACGGAAACUAAGACCGGGCUCCGCUAA